AUGGAUGACCCGCCAAGAUCUACUGACGCCUCGAUGCAAGAACAUCAUUUUGUAAAGGCAGAUGAGGUAGACCAGACCGGUACUGAUAUCAGCACCGUCUCAGACGAACAGCUAAUGGAAGAAGUGGUGGAGAGUCUGCGGCAGGAACAAGCGUCGCAGACAACCUGUGCUUCAAAUGAAGGGCCUCCGCAGACCAGAAAAGUGGCCGGGCGCCCAGAUCUACGCCGGGAUGCUGCGACGGCGGGGGCGCCACCUCCCCCCCGACAACCUCCGCCUCCAGCCCCAGUUCAACAGAGUUCAGAAAGGCCAUCGGACUCCCUAAGUCUCGCCCAGCUGAGGCAGCUGGUCCAGGACAUGCCGAAGAUUGAGCAGCCCGCCUAUGCGUUUGAAUAUGCGGAUGCGCAAUCAUUCGAGGAAGAGAUCGAAGAAUGGUUCCAGUACAGCGAAUUUGAUCGUGCUAUGCUUCUCGGCAUGAAGUCUUCCUUUGAACGGAAGUGGAACGCUUUCUGCGAGUGUGAGCAUAUUGACUCGCAAAUACCAUGGACUGAUCUGUCCGAUUCUCAGCGCAAACCAUUCAUGGGCCGACUUAUCAACUGUGUUAGGAACUGUGAUAUUUUGAUCCGUAUCGAAGCCCUAGAAGCUAUUUGUUACCUAGUAACUGGAGUCUGGGGAACUACUGCCGGAAAAGCUGCCCAUAAUGACCAUGAAGAAGGCGCUUCUUCUCAGGCUGCAUUCGAGGCUUCAAAAUUCAAAUUACUACAAGUCAGGUGGAUGGAGAGCAAUGUCAAUUUGCUCCAUGAGUGCUCAGGCCUUCAGCCAUUAUUUGAAUGUCUAUGCCAUGUGUUUGAAAAGAAUUGCAGCUUGUCCACUGAGACCCAUAGCCCGUGCCACGAAGGCGCGGACAUAGCGUUCCUUGCUGCCACGGAGCGAGAGGCUAAUUUGGUGCUUACAGCAUUUUACCUUCUAGUGGAGAUCGGCCGGAGGCAGGAGACCCGCAAUGCGCGACAUACGCCUUUGCGGGAUAGUAUGAUGGCACUGAACCCGAAUCUCUUAGUGUUUCUAGUGGAGAUCAUCGCAAGGCUUCGAUGGGAUGACUCUACUAAUGUUCCGCUUACAAGGAUUAUUGUUCUGUUUUGGAAGUCUCUUCUUCUCUUCUUUGGAGGUAGCGAUAGCCUAAAGAAAGCAAAAGAAGAAUUAGAACCAGAGUUUGAGGAGAAGGAGAAAUCAACUUCGGGAAGGACUCCUUUCCUUACCGCAUCGCCUCUCGACUACCACAUCUUUCGACAGGAGAUAACGUCUAAAUAUCCAGCCUACAAUCCUCCUCCACCUGUGGUUCCUCUAGAACUAGAGAACAACUCAAUCCUUCCUCCUCUUCCUCAACACCCCAGCAGGACGGUGUCUUCCAAUAGUCUCUUUUCCGGCGUUGGGCCGUCUGUUGCAGGUGGAAAUGGCUCAAUUCUUCACCAGUCCGUCCACAUUGCCACUCCGGCACCAUCUCCUCCGCCGUCACCCAUAGGGCCAGGGGGUAAGGCGGGAAAGAAACAAAACUAUCAGACUAAUCAGAACUUCCCGUUUAUGUACCCACCUCUUGAUGAUUCGAGCAAUGAUAUUGGCGGCAAAGGAACCACUGAACUUCAAGAUGUUUUGGUAGGAAAGAGAUGGGAAGGAAGUGACGUCCCUACGUCGAUUAUUGAAGCCGGAAAGCUUUUCUCCUCACAUGUGAAAAUGACGAGGGCGAUGCGGCAACUUUGGGAGGAGCGGGAACGUUUUAUGAAAUACGACCGUGGCUGGUAUUUGGACGACGGUGAACCUCCUUUGGACGAGCGUAUCCCUGCCGACCUGGCAGAGGAAUUGGAAGAACUGGAACAUGCGACGGCCGCCAAGAAGAAGACUAGUGAUGACACGUUCCCUGAAAAAGAGACGGACAACGAAGAUAUCCAACGACGCCUGGAUGCGGUCGAGUCGUUCUAUACACAAGCACUCGUUCAUUUACAGUCGAUAACUAUCGUUUUCCUCAAGAUUAUCCUGACAAACGUCAGCGCAAUGGUUAACCAGGCCAGUGCACAGAAUAGCCAGUCCAUGAACGAGGGCUAUGGCUCGGCCAAUGGAUACGGAAACAAUAUCGCCGGCGAACUAAAUUCCGACGUUGCCAUUGACGAACUUGAUAAUAUUCGACUACGAGAGAUCACAGGAAAAGCCAUAUCUGGCUCGUUAUUGCUCUUAGUGAAGUGGUUCAAGAGAUCUCAUAUAUUGAAGUUUGAAUAUUUGAAUCAGCUGUUGCUAGAUUCUAACUAUCUGCCCCUGAUACUGAAGAUGUUCGCGCACCAAGAUGUUGAUCAAGCGGUCGCGCAGAAGAAUGACCGUGAGGAGUUAGGCUUCUUUCACUUCUGCCAUGUACAUUCGGAACAACCACCUCAGCAAACCGAACAUUCGGAGGAGUCUAGUGACGACGAAGCCGUACCACCCCCGAUCGCCCGGCACCGUCAGGAUGCUGUUCCCGGGAGAACUUCGGUACGCGCGCCAUCCCCCGAAGAAACGACGCCAGAUUUUAUGCCUCAUCGCCCUGAGGUUGACGAGCUAGGGUAUCCCACUGCUCCGCCCCCCAAAGAGCCGAUCACAGUUUUCUCGUUCCGGAAUUUCUUCUCGGCCAUCAACUAUCUGCACAUCAUGCAGAAGAUCACGCGGGACAAGGCCCACCGGUGUCUGUUACUCGUCCAGUAUAAGUCCAGCACGAUCCUCCGCAAGGGGCUUAAAAUACCGGAUCCUCAUUUGCGGUUCUACACUCUCAAACUGUUCAAAUCCCAGGUCCCUUACUGUGGUCGGAAAUGGCGUCAAAGCAAUAUGCGCGUGAUCACCGCCAUUUACCUGUACUGCCGACCGGAGCUGCGGGAUGACUGGCUAGCGGGAUCCGAUAUUGAUGCCGAGGUUGAAGAAGCCCUGCCGUUGGAGCAGGCGCUCCGGGGCAUGACGCACUGGUGGCAUCUGCGACGGUAUAAGGACGUCAUGGGUGGCGAGGAGGGUGCCUCCAUCAUGGAAGAGGAGCGAGACUACUUUGUGCGGGAAUUGGAAUCGAUGGGAUGGGGGUUUGCAGGAGACGAAAUGGUCAAUGGAAUCAGUGAAGAAGAAUUGGUGGCUGCUGGCGGGCCUUUACCAAAUGGGGCCGAAUGGGAGGGAGGCCCCCUACCGCUAGAAGGCUGGUAG